AUGUCGCACGAAAUGUCCCAUCUCGGCCCUCGGGCCUUCAACCACGAACAAAGUAGCGAUGCCGAGGCGGAGUACGACCGACUCCGCGACCUAGCACGCCAGGAAGCCUCGAAACGCGGCGAGUGUUUCCACAAGUCACAGGAAGCCUACUCCAGCGGUGAUGGCGCCGGCGCCAAGCAGUACUCCGAAGAGGGAAAGGCACAUGGACGCAAGAUGGAGGAAUACAAUAAACAGGCGUCUGAGUUCAUUUUUCGCGAGAACAAUUCCAAUGGCCGUGUAGCGGCCGAUACGAUCGAUUUGCAUGGGCAAUUCGUUGAGGAGGCUGAGGAAAUUCUGGAAGAGCGCAUUAAGUAUGCGAAGGCGCAUGGGCAGACUCAUUUGCAUGUCAUCGUGGGUAAGGGCAACCACUCUGCGGGCCACAUUCAGAAGAUCAAGCCGCGCGUCGAGAAGAUCUGUGAAGAGUUGGGGUUACAGCAUACUACUGAGGAGAACUCUGGUCGUAUCUAUGUGAACUUGACUGGUGGUGAGGCUGUUAUGCCUCCUGUCUCGGAGCACUACCCGCAACAGCAGCAUCAGCAGCAGCACCAGCAAUACCCUGGCCAGCAGCAGGGUUACUCGGGUGGCCAGCAGCAACACCAGCAGCAGCAGCAGCAGCAGCCUGAUGAGCUUGAGCAGGCUGUCAAUGAUUUGUUGCCCAAGAUUAUGAAGAAGUUGGAGAAGGCUUGCUGUGUGGUCAUGUAA